AUGGGGAGAGCAGCGCUGUAUCUCCUUGUUCUGUUGGCCUUUCUAGGAGGGACUUUGGAGAGGGGCGGGGGUUUCCUGUGUCUCAGGUGGGCCAAAGGCAAACAGAAUCCAGUGGCGGGCUUCUUUUGUCCAGAGCUGCGAGGCAGGGCGAGAGCUAAGUUCUGUUGUGGGACCUGCUACAACCCAUACUGUUGCUCGUCUAAAGAGGAACAACUGGAUCUAGACCAGUGCUCCGCUGGUGGCCGAGAGCCAGGGGUCCGUCAUGCCCCAGUGGCUGCCUUGAAGAAUUACGGAAGUAUAUUUGGAGUCGCUGUCGGUUUUGUAGCUUGUGUCGUCGUUUACACGGCCUGCCGUGAGAUCUUCCGGUGUCUGAAGACCCUCCAUUCUGCCCGGCAACCAUACCGUAUUCUGGAUCAUCGGCGUUCAGGGCCCUCUUUCUGGGGCUUCCUUCCAGCCUUUUUAAGCACAUUUUUUUCGAGGCUUUGGCGCCGUGAUUCUUCUCCCUCUCCCAGUUCUAGGGGGGCUGCUGUCCCACCCAGCCUGGAAGACCUUUCAGGUCCUGGAGACUCUCCCAGACCAUACGUGGACAUUCCUGUUCAGUUCCGUCAAGUGGCCUCUGGAACACCAGCGGACGGCGUGAUCCUCAUCUCCCCUCCACCUGCUGUCCUGCCGGCUUCUGUUUCGAGUGGCACCCAAGAACCGAGCUUGUCAUAA